CAACAUUAAACACUCCAAGAAUCUCCCAAAAAAAGACCCCCAAAUUCUUGUAGGGUUCAAUUUCUACACCAAAUCGAUGAAACUUGCAGGCCUAAAAUCUGUAGAGAACGCACACGACGAGUCUGUGUGGGCGGCCACAUGGGUGCCUGCCACCGAAACUCGACCGGCUCUCUUGCUCACCGGGUCCUUAGACGAGUCCGUCAAAUUGUGGCGGCCCGACGAGCUGGAGCUGGAGCGGACCAACACCGGCCACUGUUUAGGCGUGGUUUCAGUGGCUGCACACCCUUCCGGUGUUAUAGCUGCCUCAGCUUCUCUCGACAGCUUCGUUCGUGUCUUCGAUGUUGAUACCAACGCCACUAUUGCUACUCUCGAAGCUCCUCCCUCUGAAGUUUGGCAAAUGCAGUUCGAUCCCAAGGGCACCACACUUGCAGUUGCUGGAGGGGGUAGUGCAUCAAUCAAGCUUUGGGACACUGCCACAUGGAAAUUGGUUGCCACCCUUUCAAUUCCUCGACCAGAAGGACCCAAGCCCUCAGAUAAAAGCAGCAGCAAGAAGUUUGUUCUAUCGGUUGCAUGGAGUCCUGAUGGCAGAAGACUUGCUUGUGGUUCAAUGGAUGGCACUAUUUCUGUUUUUGAUGUAGCCCGCUUUAAAUUCCUGCACCAUCUGGAAGGCCAUUUCAUGCCAGUUCGUUCUCUUGUAUAUUCUCCCAGUGAUCCACGUGUUCUCUUCUCUGCAUCAGAUGACGCUCAUGUGCACAUGUAUGAUGCUGAGGGGAAAAGUCUGGUCGGGGCUAUGUCUGGUCAUGCUAGUUGGGUAUUGAGUGUGGAUGCAAGCCCAGAUGGAGCAGCCAUUGCGACAGGAUCAAGUGAUAGAACUGUAAGGCUUUGGGAUCUUGGCAUGAGAGCCGCUGUGCAGACAAUGAGCAACCAUACAGACCAGGUUUGGGGAGUGUCGUUUAGACCACCGGGAGGUACUAGUGUUCGGGCAGGACGGCUUGCUAGUGUGUCAGAUGACAAAAGCAUAUCACUCUAUGGUUACUCCUGAAGAUAAUGGCAUCUCUGGAGUAUUAGGAAUUUGCUUCUGUUAGAGAUGUUAAUGCUUGUUGUUCUUAAUCUCAUUGGUCUCAUGAGAUUAAUUUAAUUUUAGGCCUUUCCUGGUCGUCUGUUUAAAUUAAUUUGUGGUUAGACAAGACAGGUUAUUUAUAAAAUGGAACUUGAUACUGUAAGAAUCAAUCAUGCAUGUAAGACUUUGUAGCUAUUUUUUGAUUAAAUACAUCUGCAAUUUCAA